AGGUACCUGGCGCGCGUGGCGGAGCUGGGCGCCACGGACACGGGCGACGCGGCGCUGAGCUACGGCGUCGUGGUGGACUGCGGCAGCAGCGGCUCCCGCGUCUUCGUCUACUUCUGGCCCCCGCACAACGGCAACCCGCACGACCUGCUGGACAUCCGGCAGAUGCGGGACCGCGGCAGCCGCCCCGUCGUCAAGAAGAUUAAGCCAGGCAUCUCCGUGGUGGCAGCAGCGCCCGAGCGAGCCACCCCCUACAUGCGGCCCCUGCUCCAGUUCGCUGCGGCCCACGUGCCGGCCGCGAAGCACAAGGAGACCCCGCUGUACAUCCUGUGCACGGCCGGCAUGAGGCUGCUGCCCGACAGGCAGCAAGCUGCAAUCCUUGAAGACUUGGUGACAAAUGUGCCCCUGGAAUUUGACUUCCUCUUCUCCAAGUCACAUGCAGAAGUGAUUUCGGGGAAGCAGGAAGGUGUCUACGCUUGGAUCGGCAUCAACUUUGUCCUGGGGAGGUUUGAGCACGAGGACGAGGAGGACGCAGUGGUCACGGUGGCUCUGGGGGACCAGGCGGAGUCCUUGGUGAGGAAACGAACAGUUGGGAUCCUGGACAUGGGGGGAGCCUCCCUGCAGAUCGCCUAUGAGGUGCCCAGCUCUAGCCCCUUCUCCUCCCCGCAGCAGGAAGAGGCUGCCAAGAGCCUGCUGGCAGAGUUCAACCUGGGCUGUGACGCGCAGCACACUGGCCACGUGUACCGUGUCUACGUCAACACCUUCCUGGGCUUCGGCGGCAAUUUUGCUCGGCAACGCUAUGAGGAGCUCAUCCUGAACCAGACCUAUCUGCACAACAGCCUGCAUGGCCAGCAAACAGGGCUGAGCGCCGAGACACCCUUCCUGGACCCCUGCCUCCCCGUGGGGCUGGAGGACACGGUGGUGAGGGGCGGCCAAACCCUGCACAUCCGCGGACAAGGAGACUGGCAGAGCUGCGUGGAGCUGCUGCAGCCCCUCCUGAUGGCACCCACCAACAACAGCCAGGCCUCCCUGGUGGGGACCUACAAAGCACCCAUUGACUUCACCAACAGCGAGUUUUAUGGCUUCUCGGAGUUCUUCUACUGCACCGAGGAUGUUCUGCGCCUGGGCGGCCGCUACGAUGCCCCCUCCUUCACCUCAGCUGCCCAGGAGUACUGCAGCCAGAGCUGGGCCAUCCUGACGCGCCGCUUCCACGGCGGCCUCUACUCAGCACACGCAGACCAGCACCGCCUCAAGUACCAGUGCUUCAAAUCGGCCUGGAUGUACCAGGUGCUUCACCAGGGCUUCCGCUUUCCCCUCGACUACCCCAGCCUGCGCACAGCCCAGCUUGUGUACGACCGUGAGGUGCAGUGGACACUCGGAGCCAUCCUCUACAAAACACGUUUUCUGCCGCUCAGGGAUCUCCGGCCGGAGAGCGUCCGCCAAGCACAUGCCUCCUGGCUGCGCCUCUCUUUUGUCUACAACCACUAUCUCUUCUUUGCCUGCAUCGGCGUCGUAGUGCUGGCCAUAGUGCUCUACCUCCUGCGCUUGCGCCGCAUCCACCGGCGGCAGCUGCGCGCGGCCCAGCUCGACAUGCUCUGGCUGGACAAGGUGGUGCUGCUGCCGCCGGCCCCGGGCACAGGGCCAUGACACCAGCAGUGCCCGCCGGCUUCUUGCACCAGCAGAACCAGCGCUGGGCCUAGAGGACGUGGCCCUGCGCUCCAAGGGCUUGGACUGUUGAUGGCCACCUUUGUCACACUCUCAUGGGCCAAGGCAGCUAUAGUCACCUGAGCCUCCCUCUUUGCCACUCCCCAGGCCUCAGUAUCGCGUUCCCUGGCCUCUGGCAGCCUCCUUGCUCACAGGGACAGAGCAAAGUCCAGCAGGCUCAAGGCUGAAGCCCUUGCUGGGCCCUUCAGAUAAGCAGGACUCAAACUCACAGAGCAGCCCAUCCAGGGCCAUGGCCUUGAAGCACCGGGCCAGCUCCUGCUGCAACCGCUGUUGUGCCGGGGUCUGAGCCAGGGCUCUGGUUGCUCAGCACCACUGUGGGGCCUUCUUCUAGCUCACCCUGAAUAUGAGGGCUUAAGAGGAAGACAACAGGAUCACCAUGAGAGCUCAGUGGCCACGGGUGGCCUACAGCUCCCUGCAGCUCUCUCAAACAUUCCCUAGCAGGGGCAGAGGCGUCCAGCUCGUGGCUGCGUCUC